AUGGCCGCGCCCGGCCAGCCCAGCCCUCAGCAGAUGGCGGCCAUGCAACAGCAGUUCGUCGCCGAAGCCGCCAAACGAGGGUUGACCCCCCAACAGUUCGCCGCACAGCAGCGUGAACAACUCACCGCUGAUGCUGCCAAACUUGGCCUGACUACUGAGCAAUAUGUCGCGCAGUUGCGGAUGCGAGCAAUGCAAGCCCACCAGCAACAACAGCAACAGCAGCAGCAGCAACAACAGCAGCAGCCCCAGGCUGAACAACAGGGUCAAGCUACGCCAGAGGGACAACAACAGGCUCCGUCACCCGCACCCCAUCAGCACCAACACCAACACCAAACCACACAACAGAACCUUAAACCACGCACAUGUAUCAUGGACGGACAGCGCAAGGACAUGUUCAAGGUGACCGACCGCGCCUCCGCCGAGAAUGUGUUCAAGCUUCUUCCCCUUUCUCUUUUGGCUCUCCGAGUGAGCAAGGUCGACCCUCACGAAGGCCACAACCAUGCCAAACCUAAGAACCGCACCAAGGGUCUGUGGACCGUGAAGAUCGAGCAGCACCAGGAGACCGAUCCCAUGAUGCAUUAUGUGUGGCUGUACGACGGCCCUCAGUGGAAGCAAAAGGCCAUGGCCGCUGCUGUGGUUGCGGGUAUUUUUGCGGUCGUUCUGUUCCCGUUGUGGCCUAUGUUUAUGCGCCAGGGAGUGUGGUACCUGAGUGUUGGCAUGAUGGGACUGCUCGGUCUCUUCUUCGCCAUGGCUAUCUUCCGUUUGAUUCUGUUCUGCGUUACUGUCUUCACUGUUGCCCCGGGUCUUUGGUUAUUCCCCAAUCUUUUCGAGGAUGUUGGAUUCUUUGACAGCUUCAAGCCUCUGUGGGGCUGGCAAGAGACCAAGAAGAGCAAAAAGUCCCGCAAAUCCAAGGCCACGGCCUCUGCUCCCGCUCCAGUGACCCCAGCCCGCCCCUCCGCCGCUUCAGCAGAAGCUCCCUCGGCAACCACCUCCUCUGCCGAGCCUACCUCAACCCCAUCCGCCGUCGCAGUGCGAAGAGAUCUGAGCGCACGCGUGGAAGAGGAGGCCGAGUAG